AUGUCAGAACCAGCAAAAGGCCCUCUUCCGUCGGAGGCCGCAACCCAGCCUGUUCAGGUUCCAGUACCGGAUGAGCCGUCUUAUACGCCAGUCCCCUCGGGCGACAAGCGCAUAUCAAACGAGUUGUCGGCUCAAUCUAGUUCAACGGUGGCCCCCGCAGCCAAAGAGCAGCAGCAGCACCCAAAGACUUCAUCCAGCAAUGCAGACCCUGUCGAUGAAAUGGAAGCGCUUAUUGCGCAUCUGCCCAAAGAAGAACAACAAGUUUUGAGGUCGCAGCUUGACGAGCUAAAAGCGAACAUCUCGUUCUUCGGUCUCUGGCGUUAUGCCACAAAGAUUGAUAUACUUAUCAUAGUGAUCAGUGCUAUCUGUGCUAUUGCUGCCGGUGCGGCCUUGCCCCUCUUCACUAUUCUCUUCGGUUCCCUGGCUACGGUUUUCCAAAAGAUAAUGUUGUUUCAGAUCUCCUACGGAGAUUUCUACCAUGAACUGACAAAAAACGUCCUAUACUUUGUGUAUCUCGGUAUCGGCGAGUUUGUCACAGUCUACAUCAGUACUGUUGGCUUCAUCUAUACAGGAGAACAUGCUACGCAGAAGAUCCGCGAGCAUUACCUUGAAUCUAUUUUGCGUCAGAACAUCGGCUACUUCGACAAGCUAGGUGCCGGAGAAGUGACGACCCGUAUCACAGCCGACACAAACCUCAUCCAAGACGGCAUUUCAGAAAAGGUGGGCCUUACUUUGACUGCUGUCUCGACCUUCGUGACAGCAUUCAUCAUCGCCUAUGUCAAGUACUGGAAAUUGGCCCUAAUCUGCAGUUCAACGAUUGUCGCCCUCGUCCUUACCAUGGGUGGUGGAUCGCGGUUUAUUAUCAAGUAUAGCAAGAUGUCGCUCGAAAGCUACGGUGCUGGCGGAACAGUUGCUGAAGAAGUCAUCAGUUCGAUUAGGAACGCCACCGCAUUCGGCACACAGGACAAGCUUGCAAAGCAGUAUGAGUCUCACCUGGCCGAGGCAGAGAAAUGGGGAACAAAAAACCAGGUUAUUCUAGGCUUCAUGGUCGGCACUAUGUUUGGCCUGAUGUUCUCGAAUUAUGGUCUCGGCUUCUGGAUGGGCUCCCGCUUCCUGGUAGAUGGUGCAGUCGAUGUGGGUGAUGUUCUCACCGUCCUUAUGGCUAUCUUGAUCGGUUCCUUCGCCUUAGGGAACGUUAGUCCAAACGCGCAAGCAUUCACCAAUGCUGUAGCUGCGGCCUCGAAAAUCUUCGGAACAAUCGAUCGCCAAUCGCCGUUGGAUCCGUAUUCAGAUGAAGGGAAAACCCUGGACAACUUCGAGGGAAACAUCGAGUUACGCAAUAUCAAGCACAUUUACCCAUCCAGGCCAGAAGUCACUGUUAUGCAGGACGUCUCCCUUGAAAUGCACGCCGGAAAGACAACUGCGUUAGUAGGACCCUCUGGCUCGGGAAAAAGUACUGUGGUUGGUUUGGUCGAGCGAUUCUACAUUCCCGUUCGCGGUACAGUAUUGUUGGAUGGUCAUGACAUUAAGGACCUCAACCUCCGUUGGCUCCGUCAGCAGAUCUCUUUGGUCAGCCAGGAGCCAGUUCUUUUUGGCACAACCAUCUAUCAAAAUAUUCGGCACGGUCUCAUUGGCACAAAAUUCGAAAGGGAAUCUGAGGACAAGAUCCGAGAGCUCAUCGAGGGCGCGGCAAAAAUGGCAAAUGCUCACGAUUUCAUCUCUGCUUUGCCGGAAGGGUACGAAACAAAUGUCGGCCAGAGGGGGUUUCUCCUCUCAGGUGGUCAGAAACAACGUAUCGCCAUUGCCCGUGCUGUUGUCAGCGACCCAAAAAUCCUGCUCCUUGAUGAAGCUACCUCUGCCCUAGACACUAAAUCCGAAGGAGUCGUUCAAGCCGCGCUGGAAAGAGCAGCUGAGGGCCGUACUACCAUUGUAAUUGCCCAUCGCCUUUCCACCAUCAAAACGGCCCACAACAUUGUGGUGCUGGUUGAUGGUAAAAUUGCCGAGCAGGGAACUCAUGAUGAACUGGUUGACCGUGAAGGGCCUUAUCGCAAGCUUGUGGAAGCUCAGCGGAUUAAUGAAGAGAAGGAAGCUGCAACUAUCGAUGACGAGGACAUGGAUGGUGAAGAUCUCACCCACGAAGACAUGACCAGAAUCAAAACUGCAGCUAGCGGAACUAGCUCGCUCGAUGAAAAGCCAACCACCAUGGACCGCACUGGCACCCAUAAAUCAAUUUCCAGUGCAAUUCUUUCCAAGAGGGGUCCCGAGCCAGUUAAGAAGUACUCUUUAUGGACGCUGGUCAAAUUCAUCGCUUCUUUUAACCGGCCUGAAACUCUCUACAUGAUCAUCGGUCUUAUCUUUUCAUUCCUAGCCGGUGGUGGUCAACCCACACAAGCUGUGCUAUAUGCCAAGGCAAUCAGUACUUUGGCGCUCCCUUCUACACAGUACGAUAAGCUUCGGAGUGAUGCAAACUUUUGGUCCCUGAUGUUCUUCGUGGUCGGCAUUGUUCAAUUCAUUACUCAGUCUACUAGCGGUGCCGCUUUUGCUGUCUGCUCUGAGAGACUUGUUCGUCGCGCACGAAGCACAGCUUUCAGGACCAUACUCCGCCAAGAUAUCUCAUUCUUUGACAGAGAAGAAAAUAGCACCGGUGCCUUGACAUCUUUCCUGUCCACCGAGACGAAACAUUUGUCUGGCGUCAGCGGCGUAACGUUGGGUACAAUCUUGAUGACUUCGACUACACUAGGUGCUGCUCUCAUUGUCUCUCUGUCGAUUGGCUGGAAAUUGGCCUUGGUUUGUAUCUCGGUCGUUCCAGUCCUUCUAGGUUGCGGAUUUUACCGGUUCUACAUGCUAGCUCAAUUUCAAUCACGGUCCAAACUUGCCUACGAGGGAUCUGCAAAUUUCGCUUGCGAGGCUACAUCAUCCAUCCGCACCGUUGCGUCUCUGACUCGAGAAAUGGAUGUUUGGGGAAUGUACCACUCUCAGCUUGACGCGCAAGGCAGGACUAGUUUGAUUUCUGUCUUGAAAUCAUCCCUGCUAUAUGCUUCAUCUCAGGCGCUUGUUUUCUUCUGUGUUGCGCUCGGCUUUUGGUACGGAGGAACCCUCUUAGGCCACCACGAGUAUGACAUGUUCCGUUUCUUCGUAUGUUUUUCGGAGGUUCUAUUCGGCGCUCAAUCUGCGGGUACCGUCUUCUCCUUCGCGCCAGAUAUGGGCAAGGCGAAGAACGCCGCAACUGAAUUCCGACGACUGUUCGACAGAAAACCAGAGAUUGACAACUGGUCUGACGAGGGCGAGAAGCUCGAAACUGCAGAGGGCGAAAUCGAAUUCAAAAACGUGCACUUCCGAUAUCCCACGCGUCCCGAGCAGCCUGUUCUCCGUGGUCUGAACCUGACGGUGAAGCCUGGACAAUACAUUGCCCUUGUCGGACCCAGCGGUUGUGGUAAAAGUACUACUAUUGCGCUCCUCGAACGUUUCUACGAUGCAGUUGCUGGAUCCAUUCUCGUUGACGGGAAGGAUAUCAGUAAACUUAACAUCAACUCUUACCGCAGCUUCCUGGCGCUAGUCAGCCAAGAGCCAACUUUAUACCAGGGCACGAUCAAGGAAAACAUCUUGUUAGGUAUCACCGAGGAUGAUAUCGCUGAAGAAUUAUUGGUGAAGGCUUGCAAGGACGCCAAUAUCUACGAUUUCAUCAUGUCACUUCCCGAGGGCUUCAACACAGUUGUUGGCAGUAAAGGAGGCAUGUUGUCAGGCGGUCAAAAGCAACGUGUAGCGAUUGCACGAGCCUUAUUGCGCGAUCCCAAAAUCCUCCUCCUUGACGAAGCUACGUCUGCCCUAGACUCCGAGUCAGAAAAGGUCGUCCAAGCCGCGCUCGAUGCUGCUGCCCGAGGCCGAACCACAAUCGCUGUCGCCCACCGAUUGAGUACAAUUCAAAAGGCGGAUGUUAUCUACGUCUUUGACCAAGGCAAGAUUGUUGAGAGCGGAACUCACACCGAACUUGUUCAUAAGAAGGGCCGAUAUUACGAGCUGGUCAACCUACAGAGCCUGGGUAAAGGCCACUAA